CGCAGUUGCCGCGGCUGUGUGUCCUUACUCGCCAUGUUUUAUGGGAAAGUCCUUGUUGCCUGGGUUUUACUUCUCGGCCAGUGCUUCGCUUUGUGGAGGUAUAAAACAAAUGCCAAUAAGUAUGCUAUUUUCAAUACCAGAACAACUAUCCAUUUAGAGUAUAAUGGAAUCGGUUUUAGAGAAUGGGAAGGCCCAGCAGUUUGUUCUAUUGAAAACAAAACUGCAAUAAAAACAAUUAUGACCUGUUCAUCUCAGGGUAUUCAUCGGAUAAGACCUAUAGUUGCCAAUCAGGAUCCAGAAUUGGAAGAACGCUUUUUAUUUGUGGAACGUUCUAGUGAUUGCUUUCUGUGGUAUUUACAAUCAGAGUACUAUGUUAGCUAUCCCUCUCAGCUUUGUGUCAUCUGCAAAUUUGAUGGACAUAUCAUCAACACAUUUAUCCAAGUCAUUGAUAAAAAUGUUGAGCAGCCCAAGGCCAAGCACAGAUCCCUGAAGCAUAUACGGAUAUGGAUAUAUGAUCCCGAAAAUUCAAGUCCUCUUGAGCUGUCACAAACUGCAGCAAUUCCUUCCAUGAAUUCCAAGACACUUAGCAUGCAGUUUAUCAGUAUGGGACAAGAGCCUGUUUUUCAGUCAACAAUUAAUCACGUUCAAUACUUUCCAAGAACUUCUGAGCAAGAAGGGGUCUGGGAAAUACUGAUACCACAUAUAAGCCAGAACCUUUUUAUGACAAUCAAAGGGAAUUCAGUGGCUUUCCAAGAUUGCUUUAUUGCAGACUAUACAUUUUUACUGUCUUAUGCAAAGCUGGUUUUGAUUGACAAUCCUGACUGGGAACCACUUGGGACUGAUGAUCCAGAACAUAUCCAUUAUGACUGGCCUCCAUGCUUUCCUGCAACUAUCGCGGCAGUUUCAUUUUGGGAAACUCUUUUUACAACAGAUUCUUUCAAUACUUCACAGAGGGUCAGAGCCCCCAAAGGCUACAUGCCUAGAGGAGAUUAUCAUCUAGUAGAUAAGGUUACUAUAGUGGAAGAAGGACUAAUAUUUUUAAUAAAAGGAAAAAUUUACUUGAGGAAAGACGACUUCUUUUCUGAACUCGACCAGUCUUUUGGCAUUCCUAAGGAUAUACUCGGAAUAGGAACAAGAACCUGGUGUUGGCCUGACUAUAAAGCAAGGGAAGGACUAGAAUUAACUCAAAUGGUAUUGUGGACGAAAUCAGAGAUCUAUGUUUUAUAUUCUCAUUUAAAAUUCGACGUGCUAGCAAAAGCUCAGGACCUCUUGAACUUAAUGCACCUGAAGCCCUCUAUGGAAGAUUCCAUGACUAUAAAAUAUGUUACUUAUACCUCAGACCCAACUGGAAUUGCUAUACUGAUAGCUAUCUAUUAUGGAAGGGAAAAUGAUACCCUGUACUUAUUGUCCUAUAAUGAAGAUUCAUAUAGAUGGGAUCUAGAAGACUUCGAAAUGUCUGUUCCUCACAACAGAGAGGUUUCUGCACUAUUCAUGUUUUCAGCAUUGCCAAAUUUUGUAAUAUGGGACGACUAUUCUGUCUACUAUAGCUACCGGAAUCAUUCAAAAAUUGGCUUUCUGGAAACACAUAACGGAUCGCAUAACUUAUCAGAUAUAGCAAAGGGCAGCACCAUUCACCAACUUUUCAUAGAUUAUAAUGGGAAUGCUUUGAUAAAGAUGUACAACAAUAUUAUGCUUUAUUUCAAAAUUGAAAUCAUAGAUGUAGAAGUUCUACAUCAAUGGACUAAAGAAGAAGACCAGUGUUUAUUUAUAAUUAACCCUUCUGGAGAUCUGUUUCUUAUGACUCUUAAUCAUGGUGUGGCAAAACUUUCAGAAUAUCCAUUAAUGCUGGAACUAUAUAGUUCAACUUUUAAAGAUAAUAUUCAAUGUCCAUAUAUGUUGUUUGAAAGCAGCAUUUAUUUCAACAAUGUCUAUAUGGAUAAGAGAACUGAACUGACAUUUUGGUGUCAAGUGGUCUAUCCUGAGAAUUUGGGUCUAUUUUCUAUUGUGGAAGUCUAUGGACCAAAAAUAUUAAAAGAGAAGAGAAGUACUUCAUAUGAAAUAGCCUUGGGAAUCUGCACUAAAAAUCUGACAGUGACAUUAUACCAAGAUGUGAAAUAUGAAAAUGUAGAAAAUUACUAUAAACUCCAAGAAGAUAACACGGGUCAUAUGAUGAUUCAACUGCGUCCCAGUCAAUUUUCAAAAACAUGUCCAUUAAGUAAUCAGGCAGUUCAUGUAUUUGUUGGCUGCUUCCCACAGAGACAUAUUAUUGUCAAAGGAUAUGAAUAUGAUGAUUGUGAAAGAAAAAACAUUAGUUAUGUCAUUGAUAGGAAAUUUUUAAGGGGCAAUCCAACUGAAGACAAGCGUGUAUUAUAUGAUGCCUUAAAAAAUGGCUGUCCUAUGAAAAUUAAUAUGAGGAGUAGCUUCCAUCCCACCAUUCUAUUAUAUGAUGCUGAUGUCUUUGUUGAAGAAGUUACAACAAAUUUUAUCAUGUGGGAAAUAUAUGGAAGAAAGGAUUUCACCUAUAACUUAACCAUGGAAGAAAGUGGUUGUGUGAAUGAGGCACAAACAUGGGAUGCCAUGUUGGAUAAGAAUAGACACCUCCCUUUAGAAGAAGUCUGGGGCCCUCAGAAUUAUAAAGACUGUUUCACAUAUUCUGUUGGAAAACCUGGAGACCUAUCACAACCAUAUGAGAUUUUGAAUAUGAGUAAUAAAAAUUUUGUAGUUUUUAACAAUCCCCAUCUUGGCAUAUAUGUGUUCGAAAUUAAGAUCCUAGAUCCAAACUACAGUUUCUGUGAUCUAAGAGCCCUCUUUGCAGUUGAGACAUUUGGAGAGACUCCCAAAACAGAUACCGUAGUGGUUGCUUUGUUCCUGGGGAUUCUCAUUUUUGUGUUCUUUGCUUUCCUGGUAGGGAGCUACUUCCAGUAUUUAAAGAUUUUUCGAAGUUUUAUUUAUGAACCAAAUCUAGGAGCUAAAAGGGCAUAUUAA